AUGCCGCCCUCGCCCGCCAAGAAGCAGAAGUUGUCCGCCAAUGCAACCGAGCAUCUCAGGCAAGAGCCUCAUGAGAUGACCCCGGACGCGACCGAGGUGGACAGAGAUCCCUAUCCCCAAGGCACAGACCAUGAGAGCUGCGGCAAGCACGACACCACCACCACGCACGAGGAUGAAGAAAAAGAAAAGUCCAAGGAGGGCGGGGAGUGGCGUGACCAGCCGCCGUACCGCACCCAAGGCGAGAACGAGACGUUCGAGAAGAAGCACACGGCACAAUGCCACUGCGGGAGAAUCAAGUACUGGCUCAGCCGAGACAAGCCUCUGGCCAGCAAGUACUGCCACUGCAAGGACUGUCAGAGUCUACACGGUGCACCUCUUCAAUGGGCUGCCAUCUUUAAAAAGGAGGACCUGCACUUUGAGAACGGCGCCAAGGGGUUGGCUUUCUACCACUCAACCAAGAAACACACAUACCAUGACCUGCCCUGUAAAGUCAGCUGUGCCUAUUGCCAUGCGCCCAUCAUGGACGAGGGGCGCAACAUGGUGUUGAUGUUUCCGGCAAUCAUCAAAUUCAAGGAUGAUGCAGCCAAGAAGUCAUUCGAGCCGACCAUGCACAUCUUCUAUUCUCGACGAGUACUUGAUCUCCCCGACGGAAAGCCCAAGUGGAGCGGCUUGGAUAAGAACAGCGAGUUGAUGAAGGAUGUUGAUUGA